AUGUCUAUGCAGACUGUCACAGAGGAGGAAGAAACCAAAAGCGCCAUCAACGUCUCCACACAGACCAUCACCAAACCAGAACAGCCUGAACCAGUAGCAGCUGCCCCCAUUCAGAAGACAAAAUCAAAGAGCAAAUCAGUCCACAUAGUGACUGAUGAGGAUGCAGCAGGACCCUCACACCCAGCAGAAGAGACAGAGCCCAAAAUCAUUACUUGUUCUUUGUCCCUGGGUGAGCUGCGUGACCUGUGGAGGGAAUUCACCCACCAGAUGAACGAGUCCAUCCUGACCUGGCUGCUCUGCACCUGGCAUGCUGCAGGGGUGAUGGCUGAAGUACAGAUGGAGGGGGAUGCUGCAAGGAAGAGGAAGAUGCCCCGGGACACCCCGGCAGACAAGGAGCUGAGGAUGGAGACUGGAGAUGACAAAUCUUCACAGCAGAACCUUGUGGAAGAAUCUGUUUUGAAGGACUCCAUGGAACAGGAAUCGAACAGGGAGGUAAAGCCCAAGAGAUCCCACAGGAUGAGGGCCUGCAAACCGAGCCCAGGGUGCUCUGAGGAGGAAAGACCCACCCUGUGCCAGGAAGGUGGACAGAGCUUCAGCCAGAGCUCGGAGCUGAUGGUCCAUGAGGAGCUUCAUGAUGGGGAGAAGCCCUACAAGUGCUUGGAGUGUGGGAAGAGCUUCAGGCAGAGCAGCACCCUGAUCAGCCACCAGAUGAUCCACACCGGGGAAUGGCCCUACGAGUGUGGGGAGUGUGGGAAGGGCUUCAGCUACAGAUCCACCCUUCUGACCCACCAACGCAUCCACACCGGGGAGAGACCCUACGAGUGUCCCCAGUGUUGGAAGAGGUUUCACACCAGCUCCAAUCUCCUCCUGCAUGAGCGGAUUCACACUGAUGAGAGGCCCUUCCGCUGCCUGGACUGUGGGAAGGGCUUCAAGUACAACUCCCACCUCGUCACCCACCGGCGCAUCCACACUGGGGAAAGGCCCUACAAGUGUCCCCAGUGUGGAAAGAGCUUCACCAACAGUUCUAACUUAACCAGACACCAACAGAGGCACCUGUAAAUGAAGCCCUGUAAAUGCCCCAACUGCAGGGAGAGCUUCGGCUUCAAGUACAACUCCCACCUCGUCACCCACCGGCGCAUCCACACUGGGGAAAGGCCCUACAAGUGUCCCCAGUGUGGAAAGAGCUUCACCAACAGUUCUAACUUAACCAGACACCAACAGAGGCACCUGUAA